CACAAAUGGGAUCGCUGUUUACAUGUGUAAAGGGCUCCGUCCGUACAGCGAGGUGGAGAACGAGGGGUUCUGCUUUAUGAUGAAAACCUUAGAGCCACGCUUUGAUAUUCCCUCUCGGAAAUAUUUUGCUGAAAAAAUUAUUCCUGAACUUUAUGAACAGACCAGGGCUAAAGUUGAGUCUGCACUCGAGUCGGCAGAAAGAGUCGGGCUCACGUGUGACGGGUGGACAUCGAGAGCCACGGAGUCCUACAUAACGUUCACCGUACAUUUUAUAAACAAAGACUGGGAAAUGAAGUCAUAUGUCCUGCAAACCCGAGCGAUGCACGAAACGCACACUGGGACACACAUUGCUGAUGUACUGAAAGCCGCCGUGGGGGAGUGGAAGCUUGACGCAAAGGAGCCAGUGGUUGUCACCGACAAUGCAUCAAACAUGCGUGUAGCAAUGGACUUAACAGGAUACCAACAUGUAAGAUGUUUUGCUCAUGUUUUGAAUCUUGCUUCCCAACGUGCCCUGAAAAUAGCUGCUGUUACCAAGGUACUUGCCAAAGUUAGGAGGAUCUCAACAUUCUUUCAUAGAAGCACAACUGGAGCAGAAGCACUGAAAAGAAACCAGAAACUCCUUGGCCUCCCCCUUCACAAGCUCAUCACGGACAUGCCUGUUCGUUGGAAUAGUGCCUAUGAGAUGGUUUCAAGGUUUCUUGAGCAACAGCCAGCUGUCUGUGCUGCCCUCUUAUCACCAGAGGUGAGAAAGAAUGUGACUGACUGUGCACUGACCGAGAAUGACAUCUCAAGCGCUGAAGAGAUGGUGGAAGCACUUAGACCAAUGCUUGUGGCAACAAAUAUCAUGUGUGAGGAAAAGAAUCCCACCAUUUCAGUGGUGGCUCCUCUUCAUGCCCAACUACUGCGAGACACAACCAGCACUGAAGAAGAUUCCCCUCUGGUUCGAGAGAUUAAGGGAGCCAUUAAUCAAGACCUUUCAAAGAGAUAUCAGUCAGAGGUGGAAAAAGAUCUCCUACGCAUGUCCUCAGCCCUGGACCCUAGAUUUAAAUCCCUUUUAUUUUUGUCACCUGAAGAAGUGCAAGACACGUAUGCAAAACUACAGUCAAAAGCUGCAGCUUUAAAGGAGGAUGAUCCAGUGCCUUGUGGUGAUGUUCAGGGGGAUUUAGAGGAAGAGGAGACAUGCACAGCAAAGAAAAGAAAGUCUGCACUUGUUGAUCUUCUUGGUCAGACCUUCAAGAAGACCUCUUAUGUCUCAUCAGCAACCUCAAUUGCAGAGAAGGAGAUAAAACAAUAUCAAGAUGCUCCUUCUCUGCCUCUCACUGAAGAUCCACUGUUGUGGUGGAAAUCUCAGCAACAUGUGUUCCCUCUCCUCUCCAAGCUGGCCCAUAUGCAUUUGUGUAUUCCUGGAACCAGUGUAGCAGCUGAGAGGGUAUUUUCAACUGCAGGAGAUAUUAUCAGUACCCAAAGAAGUUCACUCACUCCUGAACAUGCUGACCAACUCCUCUUUCUCAAGAAAAAUAUGAACAUAUAAAACACAUCACAUGAAGCUGUUUUCUAUUUUGUUCUGAUUUUUUUAUAUUUUUGGAUGCACUUUACGUUGGGUACAUUUUAGAUGUAUUUUAUCCCUGAUAUAUUUAUUUUAUUUUUUAUUUGAAAACAGUAGCCCAAAGGUUUAUGUUUCUUGCACUUUAUAGUGUCACUGUUCAUGUUUACAAUCAUAUACUAUUGUUUACAAUGAAUGUGUCUUCAGCCUUACAGCUAUUUUGCACCCAAAUUGUGUCACUGUAUGUCGAAGACA